GUUUAGAGCCUCCGUUUCCUUAUCUGGAAAAUGGAGAUGGAAGAGAAGUCAGGUGAAUGUGGUGUUCAGGAUUCUAAUGAGGAAAGACCCUCAUUGUUGUGUACCAAGGGUGUGGGCAGGGACCCCAGGAGGAGGAUGACCUGCUGGAUAAUUUCAUGGGGCUCAGGUCUGGGUCUCUGUCCUGGAGGUGCUUCUCUUUGGAUACCUAUAAGAGUAUGAAUUGGGUCCUCUUUGUUCCUCUCCAGAUCCAGAACUCAGAGGAAGGUGUCCUGUACACACAGGGCCUGGCAAGCACCUAUGGGGAUGUGUGCUGCUGGUGGGUGGGCCGACAUGCAGCCAUUCGUGUCUUCCACCCCACCUGCAUCAAACCUGUGCUCUUUGCUCCAGCCUCCAUUGCACCCAAGGACAGUGUCGUCUACAGCUUUCUGAAGCCUUGGCUGGGGGAUGGGCUCCUGUUGAGUGCUGGUGACAAGUGGAGCGGCCAUCGACGGAUGCUCACACCUGCCUUCCACUUUAACAUACUGAAGCCCUAUUUGAAGAUUUUCAAUAACAGUGUGAAUAUCAUGCACGUGAGUCUCUUGAACCCAGGGGCCCAGCUCGAGCCUUGGGACGACCUGGCCCAGCUGCCCUUCCUGACCAUGUGUAUCAAGGAGAGUCUGCGCUUGUACCCGCCAGUGACAAUGGUCUCUCGAUGCUGUACCGAGGACAUUACGCUUCCUGAUGGCCGGAUCAUCCCCAAAGAUGUUAGCAUCUUUAUCAGUGUUUUUGGAACCCACCACAACCCACUCGUGUGGCCAGACCCUGAGAUCUAUGACCCCUUUCGCUUCGAUCCAGAGAACAUCAAGAAGAGGUCACCUCUGGCUUUCAUUCCCUUCUCAGCGGGACCCAGGUGAGGACAGUGGACAUCUGAGUCAGGGAGGGGGAGAUGCGGAGGAGGAAGGGUAUUGAA